AUGCAGGUACACAAUGUGCGAAUCAUGUUCUCGUGGCUACUCUUGUUAUAUGCAUGUUCCGUGACGGCGGAAGCUAAGCCGACGACUUCAAGGGUCGGGAAAAAUGCGACCAAUGCCUCAUCGUCGUCUGCAUGGCUGCUAAAGGUGGUGUCCAAGGGUGGAGAUCCAAGGCCCAUCGGGUGCUGGAGCAGGCCAUGGAUAUGCAACCGGGGGGAAACUCCGCCGUUCCGCAUGCGGUGCUGCAGAAACCGGUGCGUCGACAUCACUUCGGACAUUGACCACUGCGGGUUGUGCGCCAUCAGGUGCCCUUACACAUGGAAAUGCUGCUUCGGCCUCUGCAGGAACAUAAACAUCAAUCCAUUACACUGUGGUCGGUGCUUCAACCGCUGUCCUUUUGGGGUCCCUUGCCUCUUCGGGAUGUGCGGGUAUGCCCGUCCUCUGCCACCGCGCCGCCCAUUCCCUUUCCCUCCUAGGCCUCCCCGGCCCCGCCCCUGGCCUCAACCACCCAAGGGCGAUGAUCCCCGCAAACCGCCCAAGGGCGAUGAUCCCCGCAAACCGCCCUCCAAGGGCGAUGAUCCCCGCAAACCGCCCAAGGGCUAUGAUCCCCGCAAACCGCCCAAGGGCUAUCAGCCCCCUGCGGUCGCUUGA